CAUGGAACAUGCAGAACAUGCAGAACAUUGGAAGGAAAUAAAGCUUUCUCUUGAACGACCUUACAAAAACGACCAAGGACAGUUACUUCCAACCUUAUUCGAUAUUACUCCUGAAGGAGAACUCAUAUAUGAGCCUAAGGAGUCUUCCGCAAAGGUUCUUGGGGAUAAUCUUCGUCGUAUAUUUCAGGAACGUGGAUCCGAUUUCCUCGAGAGAAAUAAAAGCAGUUUUCUCGAAUCGGGUGUCCUAAAUUUUGAAACGGUUACCCAAGAUCGCGAGGAACCUGAACUCGGUGCCAAGGAUGAAGAGACCGAAACAGAUGAGAUGACAGUCAAGCCAAUGACCGUUGAGGAACUAUUUAACAUGCGUAUGGAGAUUAUGCCUCAGCUCUAUAUUGCCCUCGGAGAAAUGAGCCAUGCCAGGGACCUGCUCUCGCUCCUUCUUUCGUCUGCAUCCACGUCUGUACAAUUCCCUUCAACGACUGAUGCUCAAUACCAAAACCAGGACCUAGACACACUCUCAGCUACCAUUGUUAACAAACCUCCCGCGAUAACUCCCCUUCAGGCGUUCAACGCUCAACUCGUGAUAGGUGGGAAAGAUGAAGCACUGAGGAAAGCCGCGGGUCUUUUCAAAGCCGCUGCAGAGCGGAUGGAAAGAGGACGCCUUCGUAGUGAGCAUUACUGGGUUGACGCCCUCAAAAUCAGGCGCACGAAUUGGGGUUUGAUCCCAGCACCAUUACCUUUUGGUGCACCAACAGGAAAGGGAGCUGACAAGAUUACCAAGGAUUUCAUGAUCUCCUAUGGCCUUGAAGAGUCCUCCCCCAUUUAUAGACGGAGAGCAGUUGCUCAGAUGUCAUAUACUGGCGAUAAAAUGAAUGCAGUGUUAUUCCCUCAUAGACAAAAUACUCGCCUCCGUAUCAGCGUGGCUUCCACGAGAGCAGACGGAUCACGAACUGGUGCCUCCAACUCGUAUCAAAACAGACCAGAGGGAGAUAUGGAUCUAAAUAACACUCUCAGAACAGCUCAACGAGAGAACAUUGAGCAAGAAAUCUUUGCCCAGAUCGCGAAGGAAGCAGGAAGAUUACCUACUGCAUCUGCCCGGGUCUCAGAAAGACUGAUAUUAAUCGAUGCUGCUCAGAACACAGAGUUGAAAUUCGAACUCGUUGGCACCGAUGAAUCCGCAGUAGCGGAAGACCAAGAUCCGUUCAGCAAGGCAAAAUGCGACUUUAUCUAUUAUUAUCUACUCGCUCUGCUGCUGCGAAGACACACGCACAACAAGAGAAGUCGUUUAGGGAUGAACGAGCAUUCAAAAUCGUUGGGAGGUAGUAAUUCCCUUCCACCACCCAUACUCCAGCCCGUCAUCGACAUGCUACAGUAUCAAGUAUUCUGCCGAAGAAUCAGAGCAGAGUUGGACGCCGUCUGUUUAGUUUUGACCAAGGCUGGGAUUCCCACAACGUUCCGUUUCAAUGGGGUAGAAGAUAUAGGCAAAGACCUUGUCAAACUAGCUGUUGAGCCUAUCAAUCGACCGAUUGGCGGCGAAGCAACACUCCGAGUUGAUAAUCGAUACACAAUUCGAUUGACUAUGCUGUCUCCGUCUUCUUUGACGGUACAUCUUUCGCAAGCAAGUAUCUCCAUCCUUUCAAUCCCAGAGUUAGGGAAAUUAUUGUCAGACGAGGUUGAAAAGAUCGUCUUGGAACGAAUUUGUGGCCUCGGACGUCAGAUAUGUGAUGACGUGGGCGGAGUAUGGUUUGUGGAUACAAAUCAUUGCGUCGGGCGCUGGGACGGCUGUGCAUUAAACUUUCAUGUUUUCGAAGGAGAGCGCUCUGAACUGAACUGCACAGCGUCGCGAUUCCGACGAAGUAUUAAAGAUGUGACUGUCAACAAAUACGACAGUUCCAGUACCAUGUCAGUUUUGGCCUGGGCACAAGACGUGAUACGUCGCUCAAUAAUAGACGGGUGAUACUUGAGGCAUAGAA